GUUAAGAGAAGUUCUACGAUUAGAUUUGAAACAACAAGCUGGUGGCGGCACGACGAACUAUUGCAUCCUCCUCGUUGCAUUGGCAGCUCUCUCGGCUCGCUCUAUAAAUACUUUGCGGUAUCCCGUAUCCGCUGCAGAUGAGCAUCGCAGCAACGCACGGAGCCGAGCUCACAUUGCACAAGCUAGCUAGCCUUUGCAUUGCAUAUUCUCCAUCGCUCGCACGCUGCUAAACACACGUUUCCAAUUCGCUCAAAUUAAACUAGCUAACAGAGCACACACACGUCAUCGUCAUACACGAAGACCAGAGAGCUAUCUUGGUGAUCUAGCUCUGCUGCAUUGCAUGCUCCUUCAUUCGGCAACCAACGUCCGAUCGACGAUGGGCGGUGUAGCUAAGAUGCCGGCGGCAGGGCUCUGCUGGUUACUGCUAGGCGUGGUGUUGGCCUUUGGAGUUGCAGCUAGCCCGGCCCGGGCCUCCAGGAAUACUCACUACGACUUCGUUAUAAAGGAGACGAAGGUCACCCGGCUCUGCCACGAAAAGACCAUCCUGGCCGUGAACGGGCAGUUCCCGGGGCCGACCAUCUACGCAGGCAAGGGCGGUGUCAUCGUCGUCAACGUGUACAACCAGGGCAAAAAAAACAUCACCCUCCACUGGCACGGCGUGGACCAGCCGCGGAACCCAUGGUUCGACGGGCCAGAGUACAUCACACAGUGCCCCAUUCAGCCCGGUACCAACUUCACCUACCGCAUCAACUUCACCGAGGAGGAGGGCACGCUGUGGUGGCACGCACAUAGCGACUUCGACCGCGCCACUGUGCAUGGCGCCAUUGUCAUCUCCGCGGCCUACCCCUACCCCAAGCCACACAGGGAGGUGCUCAUCAUCCUCGGUGAGUGGUGGAACGCCGACGUGGAACAAGUUCUCUUGGAGGCCAAGCGGACCGGUGGCGACGUCAACAUCUCCGACGCCAACACCAUCAACGGCCAGCCUGGUGACUUUGCUCUGUGCUCCAAAAAUGACACCUUCAAGAUGUUGGUGGAGCACGGAAAGACGUACUUGCUCCAGGUCAUCAAUGCGGGGCUUACUAACGAGAUGUUCUUCACUAUCGCUGGGCACCGCCUCACGGUGGUCGGCACCGAUGGCCACUACCUCAAGCCAUUCACCGUCGACCACAUCAUGAUUUCCUCUGGUCAGACCAUGAACGUGCUCCUCGAGGCCAACCGCGCAACCAACGGCUCAAGCGACAACAACCGCUACUACAUGGCCGCGAGGCCGUACUUCACCAACAAGGGACCUCCGGUGAACGAUAAAAAUACCACAGCCAUUCUAGAGUACAUGGAUGUGACAGCGCCACCCUUCGCGCGGCCACCGGACUCCUCCGACCUGCCGGCCAUCAACGACACCGCCGCGGCAACAGCAUACACGGUGCAACUCCGGUCCUUGGUCACAAAGGAGCACCUAAUCGAUGUGCCAAUGGUGGUUGGCCAGCAUAUGCUCGUGACGAUCUCGGUCAAUACGCUCCCCUGCAGGCCUAACAAGACAUGUGCCGGCCCUAGAGGCGACCACCUCGCGGCGAGCCUGAACAACGUUAGCUUCGUGCCACCAACCAUCGACAUCCUCAACGCCUACUAUGACUCCAUCAACGGCGUGUAUGAGUCGGACUUUCCCGAUAGGCCAUCCUUCUUCUUCGACUUCACCGCCCCCAACCCGUCGAAGGAGCUCCAACUCACAAAGCAGGGCACCAAGGUGAAGGUGGUGGAGUACGGCACCGUGGUGGAGGUGGUGUUCCAGGACACGGCCAUCCUCGGUGCCGAGAGCCACCCCAUGCACCUCCACGGCUUCAGCUUCUUUGUGGUGGGCCGAGGGUUCGGUAACUUCGACAAGGAUAAGGACCCAACCAUGUACAACCUGGUGGACCCACCGUACCAGAGCACCGUCUCUGUGCCCUCAGGUGGGUGGGUUGCAAUGCGCUUCCGUGCGGCAAAUCCUGGUGUGUGGUUUAUGCAUUGCCAUUUCAAUCGUCACAUGAUGUGGGGCAUGGAUACUGUGUUUAUCGUGAAAAAUGGCAAGACCCCAAAGACUCAAAUGAUGCCACGUCCUCCUAAUAUGCCCAAGUGCUAAUAAGGAAACAAGGGCAUGAGCCAUGCCGGCGGUUUGCAUGCAAGACAAUUGAGCAAAAAUAACUAAUCUUACUAGUAGAUUGAUAAUUGGUUUGGCUGUUCGUUUGUCUUAUAAGCCGUAUUUUUCUGUCAGCCAGCAAUGUUUUUCUCUCGUAAUAAAUCAGUGAACAAUAUUUUCUGCCA